CGCUUAUUGCCACUGACUUUGUUCCUCCGAAACAAGAACAACAACAACAGGCCGGUUUUUUUCCUGUGGAGACUUAUCACACUGUACCCAACUUGCGGUCACUGGCCGAUCGCGCCUUACCAUCAUUACCGUCGUCGGCCCAAGAUGUUACUACAGCAACAACUAGUAGUACCACUACUACUACUACUAGUACUGCCAACAAUUCUACGCACACAACACCCAGAAGCAGCAACAAGAACGACGACGACGACGACAUAAAGGUUACUGGUAUACGACAACAACAGGAACGAUUGAACCACCCCAUUCACACACGGCUUCAAAGAGCAGUGACCUGGCUUGGGACACCAUUGCAUAAACUGCUCAGUACUUCCAUUGAACUGCCGUUAAUGUACAAUGUCAACCAUGGCCAUUUGCAACAACAGCAACAACAAGCAAAUAGCAGCAAACGAUCGCUUUUUAAUGACACAAAUGAGAAAAUCUAUUGCAAAGUGCAUCAAAUUGUCAACUAUGCAUCCCCUCGAGAAUACGAGUACCAUCUGCAUUUGCAGUUGAACGGCGAUAUAAUCGAAACCGUUCCGGGAAUUAUGCAAAAGAUACCUGCAGGGUCCGCUCGUGGAUACCCCGACCGCAACAUCCCAUUAAACGUAAAUGGAUCCUUUGAUUUGACCUUUAUCUUAACGGCCCAGCCUCUGAACACGCUCACCUCGACGCUGACACGAGUGAAGCACCGACUCAAAAACAGCAGCCGACGCAGCAAUCCACCCUCAUUACGAAACCACGAUGGAACACCUCAUUACCAUCAUCAAAAAAAGGUCACCAUGCCCGUCAUUGGAGUGAAACAAAUAGUUUCUGGCAGCUGUCUACGCGCGUUUGUCGGACAAGGACCUUUACGUUAUACAUUGACACAACCCUUGUGCAACAAUGACAAGGAUCGCUUCAACUUGGAACUCACAGUGUCGUUCCAUUUUUUUGACAAUGAAGCUACUCCAUCGCUCGAAACGACUUACUCGAGCAGCGGUCAAGGAGCGUGUAGUAGCCACAAGGUUGGGUCUGAUACGAGCAGACUCGUAUUGGACUAUUGCCAGCAGGGCGAUUGUCUGACCGUCUAUGUUCGUGGUCAAGGUUAUCCGACAUGGCGACGGUACCUGGUAAAAUUUGAAGCACAUACACUGUUGUUUCUGGAUGAAUCAUACAAGAUCGUUGGAAGCAUUCCAUUAAAGCCACUGCGAUCCGUCACACACGCUUCUGAAAAUGACCAAGAAUCAGUUCGCAUGUCAGGCGCCACGGGACUUGUGUUGAAAUUCGACAGAACAUGUGCCAAAAUCAUGGAACCUGCUCGCCUUGAAGACAAUGAAGUACUCGAAGGCAAGGUUUAUCUCUUUGCAGAUACUGCGGCUAGCGCGCAAUACUGGAAGCAGUUAUUUGAUGCUUAUGCCGAUCAGCAGCAACUAGAGAAAACUUGCGAUAACAAUGAUGACGACAGGAUAAAUUUACGGUUCAUGUGGUAA